AUGUCAGAGCAGCCAGCCGACGACGACAAGAGUCGCCCCAACUCGACCGCAGCGUCUUCCUCGGAAGCGACCGUCGUUCCCUGGAAGUCGUGGUCGCUUGGUCAGGAUCCAGAUGAGGACAUGCAAGAGCAGGAUCCGACGCUGCUAACGACGAACCGCCUGGUUUCAGUCCGACUAUCUGAUGGAUCGUCCUUAGGACCUCCACAUGCGGAGGAAGAGCGAACACGGACGAUCUCAGGCAAGAGUAUGGCGACGACUGCGACCUCUCGGACAAGCUGGCAGACGCAAGGCUCGAACUGGCAGCCGGAAGAGCGUACACAACUAGACGACGUCCUUCACUUUGCCCCAGUCGAGUUCGAUACCCACCUGAAGAUCCCCUCCAGCUUCAAUUACAAGAGAAGCAGCCGAGCCAGUAAGGCUAGCCGAACCAGCAGGAUCAGCAAGACCAGCAAGAUCAGCAAGCUUAGCGGGGUCAGUGGUUCGACCCACAACUCUCGGUCGGCUUCACCCGCGUACCUGACCGCAGAGGACUUCGGGAACGGAUCAAGCAUCAAUGAUCGCCACUUGUCCCGCAGCUCGUACUAUACCUCGGAUGCGGCGACCUCAACGAACACGCACGAUUUCACUGAUGCCCGACCACACAGCCCAGACUCGUCGUAUCACGAUGACCUCGACUCGUACCAGACGGAGUCGGAAUCCGGAUCAGAAACAACACAUGAGUGCGGGCCGCCUGAGCCAAAGGAAGACGAUGUUACCGGGGAGGCCGUUCCUAGCCCCAGCGGUCCAGUCGUUCCGGAUAGUGGGGAUGAGGUGCCUAGCCCACCACCACCACCGGAUGAACCGCAACCACUAGCCGACGAGAAGGAGGCCGAGAAGGAGAAGGGGGUUAUGCUACGAAGAGAGAGCACGACACGCAGUCUGCUCGAGCGCAUAGCUCUGCAGCAUGUCAUGAACAACAAGGCCUUGCCGCCUCGGCCGACGAGUAUGCCUGGUCGACCGAGAAGUACGCACCCGCGACCAAAAUCCAUGGCACUGUCUCGACCAUCGACGAAGUCGGUCAAAUCGGAAAAGUCGAUGCGAUCGAAUGCAUACACUCAACCCAGCAUUGCGUCUGUGACCCAGACGUACAGCAAGUAUCGGAUACAGUCUGGGCAUCGACCCAACGACUCGUUCAUCUGGGUCGACAGCGAGGCUGAGCCGGACUAUGCCAACAUGACGCCUGUCCGCUUCUGGAUCGUCUUCAUCGCCAUGAAGUAG